AUGAACAACAUGGGUUCAAGCUCUCAACAAUCAGAUCCUCUUUAUGAUCUACCAGUUCCACAGUAUUUUCAAAAUCCUAACCCGAAUCCGCAUCCGAAUCCUAACCCAAAUUUGUUCCCCCUUCCACUUCAACUUCCAAUACCGAUGCCACUUCCGAUGCCAAAUCCAAAUCCAAAUCCACCAAUCUCGUAUCAAAAUCUAGUAUUUGUGCCACCAUUCAUCCCGCAACUUGAAGAUGGAAUUGCACCAAAUCGUCGUUGGAGUUAUGAAAGUGGAGCACCAGCUCAAGCGGGAGAAGAAGAAGGAGGAGAAAAGGGUGGAGCGUCGGCUGCAUCGGGAGGAGGGAUAACAAUCAAAAAAGAGGACGAGGGAACACUCUCCGACUACCAUAAUCUUGGAGCAUCGGCCAAUCAUUUGCACAUGUCGAAUAUUGGCCAACAGCAACAACAGCAACCACAACAGCAAAUUGAGAAUCAUUUAAUUGUUGGUCAAGAUUUUCAUCAUCAAGAGCAACAUCUUCAACAUAUUCAGCAAAAUAAUCAACAUCUUAUUCAACAUCAGCAAAAUCUAGUUCAACAUCAGCAAAUUGUUGACCAACAAGUUCCUCAGCUUCCACAUCAACAUCCACAUCCACAUCCAUAUCGUGAUAAUGGUGAGUUUCCCCUCGAAAAAUUUUUUUAAAAAUAAUCCGAAUUGUUUCAAAAAAAUUCUGAAAGAUGAUAUCAAUUUUGUUUUAAUCUUCAGAUUUUUGAAGAAUUAAAAUUUUCGAUUGCCCUUUAAGAAUUCAGGAAUUGUUUAGAUUUUUCUCGACCUCAAAAUCAGGCCAGAUUCUAGAGAUUUUUCAAAAUCUUCAGAGCUAAAGUGAAGAUUUUCAUAUCAAUAACUUGAAAUAUAGAAAAAUAAUUUAUGAAAGUUAACAGAUACUAGCCACAAGAAUUGUGUAUUUCCAAAGAAUUCUUCAAAUUUGAAAACCAUUCCAAUAUCGAUUUUUAGACUGAAAACCACCUAAAGUCCAAAAAAAUUUUCCACUACACAUAAAUCCUCCUAGCCAUCAUAAUCAUAAAAUCCUCCUAAUUUUCCAAAAAGAUUAGCCAGAUCAAAAAUCACGUCACUACGUUCUUCUUAUUUUUGAACUCCAAAAUUUCCAGACCUCUUCGAUAACGACUAUUUUGUAACACACAACGUUCGUUCGGUUUCAGCCCCAAGUAUUGGCAAUAAUGGUGAGUUUCCCGAACAACUUUCAAGAAACAUCUGAAAAGACUUUUAGGUUACGUUGCGAAUGCUCAACGUGGCUUAGACUUUGGUGCGAGACGUCGUUUUCGCACCAAUUUCACCGAGCAACAAUCAUUGUUUUUGGAGGACUCGUUCCGUGAUUCACACUAUCCAGAUCAUAAGUCAAAAAAGGAUAUGGCUACAUUGUUGAAUAUUCCAGAAGAUCGGAUUACGGUAAGCUUAAGUCUAAUGAAAAAAAAUGUGCUUUGUCACCCCUCCUCCUCUUUUUUUUUGAAACUUCUCGCUUGACGAGAAAUUGAAGAAAAACAACGUCUGGCACAUGUGGGACCCAUGUAUCGUGUUGCAAUUUACGAUUGCUCUCGAUUGAGCUCCCCGCACACUUUUUACCACAAUUUGUUUUUGAUUGAUCGGCCCAAUUGACAUAAAUCACCUGAAAGUGGAAGGAGGGGAGGGGAAGUAAAUACUGUAGGUUUAGGGAUCAGAAACAAAAAUAGUUGGAAGUUUUUUUUUCAAAAUUUUAGAAAGUUUCGGAAAAAUUUGACCUCUUUCCUAACCUGAGCAAUGUGUGAUUUUAAGCAACUCAAAGCAGAUUAGGAAAAAAUAUCUCAAACGAUUUUGAAUUUUCAAAAUAAAUCUGUUGAUAUUCAAUUUUUUCAAAUCUCCUUAACAUCGUUUACUCCAAGAACUCUUAAAUUAUAAAAUUCUUUCUUAAUAUACUGUGGUCAAGCUCAUCAAACGAUUAAAUAUAUAUAUUCUCCGAGGAAAAAGCAUUGACUAAAAAUCAAUUUUCCUCCGAUUUCCUAGAAUGAUGUCAAUCCAGAAGCCAUAAAAAACUAGCGUCAAAGUUCAACAACUUUUUUCUCAAGAAUCAGAAAUGUAGUCUCAUUUUUUUACAAUAUUAUUAAUCUAAUGAGAUUAACUCUUUUACUAAUGAGUUCGGAUAAAAGUAUAAAUAUAGUUUACAUAUUACAUUUUCAGGUCUGGUUCCAAAACCGUCGCGCCAAAUGGCGCAGAAAGGAAUUGCGCGACAAGGAGAGAUCUCGUAGCGACAAUUGUGCGGGUCCUUCGUGUUCCUUUGAUUAUUCGUGCUAUGCAUCAUCAUCUUCCGAUUCCGCUUUUUUGCCACCCGACAAUUUUCCAGUUUUGGAAAAUAAUUAUGAUAAUAAUGAGCAAUAUCAAGAUCUCAAACCAGAAAAUAUCCCCGGGCCAUACUCGAUCUCAAACCAGUGA